AUGUUCUCACGAUCAGCAUCUCGAAGCGUAGUCUCAUCUUUACGGUCCUUCCAGGCCCCUGUCAGAUAUUACAACUCUGCUUUCCAAUCUUCCACACCUACCGAUGUUUUCGCCGGUAAGAAAGGCUCAGAUGGAAACUACACUGUUACUUUGAUUCCCGGUGAUGGUAUUGGUCCUGAGAUUGCUGAAAGUGUCAAGGAAAUCUUUGCUGCUGCCAAGGCUCCUAUCAAGUGGGAGGAAGUAGACGUUACCCCUAUUCUCAAGGAUGGUAAGACUGUCAUUCCCGACAAAGCCAUCAUAAGUAUCAAAAAGAACACUGUUGCUCUCAAAGGUCCUCUUGCUACUCCUAUUGGAAAAGGUCACGUUUCCCUCAAUCUUACUCUCCGACGAACCUUCUCCCUCUUCGCCAACGUCCGACCAUGCGUUUCCAUUCAAGGUUACAAGACCGCCUACGACAAUGUCAACACUGUUUUGAUUCGAGAAAACACUGAGGGAGAGUAUUCCGGUAUCGAGCACGAGAUCGUUGACGGUGUAGUACAAAGUAUCAAGCUUAUCACCCGAGAAGCAUCUGAACGUGUCGCACGAUAUGCUUUCCACUAUGCAUCUGAGAAUGGCCGAAACAAGGUCACCGCUGUCCACAAAGCAAACAUUAUGAAAAUGUCUGACGGAAUGUUCUUGACUGCUUGUCGAGCCGUUGCCAAGGAUUACCCCAAUAUUGCCUAUGACGAGGACUUGCUCGAUCGAGUCUGUUUGAGAAUUGCCACCGACCCUACUCCCUACGCUGAUCGAGUGAUGGUCAUGCCAAACUUAUACGGUGAUAUCUUAUCUGAUUUGUCUGCUGGUUUGAUUGGUGGUCUUGGUCUUACUCCUUCCGGUAACAUUGGUAAAGAUGCUUCCAUCUUCGAGGCUGUACACGGUUCCGCUCCUGAUAUCGAGGGUAAAGGUCUUGCUAACCCUACCGCCCUUCUUCUCUCCUCUUUGAUGAUGCUUCGACACAUGGGUCUCUACGAGCUUGCUGAUAAGAUUGAGAAGGCUGCUCUUUCUACUAUCGCCGAAGGUAAAGCUAUCACCCGAGAUCUUGGAGGGAAAUCAGGUACUCGAGAAUACACCGAUGCCAUUCUCGCUAAACUCAAGUAA